AAUAGCUUAUUAAAGCUAAAAUGCUAAUGCUAAUGAACUGCCUUGCUGCGCAGAUGGAGCUAACAAGCAGAGCUAACAGGUUUAGGUAACAGACGGAGCUAACAGGCGGAGCAAACAGGUUUAGCUAACAGGUUUAGCUAACAGGCGGAACUAACAGGUGGAGCUAACAAGCGGAGCUAACAGGUUUAGCUAACAGACGGGGCUAACAGGCGGAGCUAACAGGUUUAGCUAACAGGCGGAGCUAACAGGCCGAGCUAACAGGUGGAGCUAACAGGUUUAGCUAAUAGCCGGAGCUAACAGAUGGAGCUAACAAGCAGAGCUAACAGGUUUAGGUAACAGACGGAGCUAACAGGCGGAGCUAACAGGUUUAGCUAACAGACGGAGCUAACAGGUUUAGCUAACAGGCGGAACUAACAGGUGGAGCUAACAAGCGGAGCUAACAGGUUUAGCUAACAGACGGGGCUAACAGGCGGAGCUAACAGGUUUAGCUAACAGGCGGAGCUAACAGGUUUAGCUAACAGGUGGAGCAAACAGGUUUAGCUAACAGGCGGAGCUAACAGGCCGAGCUAACAGGUGAAGCUAACAGGCGGAGCUAACAGGCGGAGCUAACAGGUUUAGCUAACAGACGGAGCUAACAGGUGGAGCUAACAGGUUUAGCUAACAGACGGGGCUAACAGUUUUAGCUAACAGGCGGAGCUAACAGGCCGAGCUAACAGGUUUAGCUAACAGGUUUAGCUAACAGGCGGAGCUAACAGGUUUAGCUAACAGGUUUAGCUAACAGGUGGAGCUAACAGGUUUAGCUAACAGACGGGGCUAACAGUUUUAGCUAACAGGUGGAGCUAACAGGUGGAGCUAACAGGGCGAGCUAACAGGUUUAGCUAACAGGCGUAGCUAACAGGUUUAGCUAACAAGUUUAGCUAACAGGCGGAGCUAACAGGUUUAGCUAACAGGCAGAGCAAACAGGUUUAGCUAACAGGUGGAGCUAGCAGGUUUAGCUAACAGGUUUAGCUAACAGGCGGAGCUAACAGGUUUAGCUAACAGGUUUAGCAAACAAGUGGAGCUAACAGGUUUAGCUAACAGACGGAGCUAACAGGUGGAGCUAACAGGUUUAGCUAACAGACGGGGCUAACAGUUUUAGCUAACAGGUGGAGCUAACAGGUUUAGCUAACAGGCGGAGCUAACAGGUUUAGCUAACAGACGGAGCUAACAGGUGGAGCUAACAGACGGGGCUAACAGUUUUAGCUAACGGUGGAGCUAACAGGUGGAGAUAACAGGCGGAGCUAACAGGCCGAGCUAACAGGUUUAGCUAACAGGCGGAGCUAACAGGUUUAGCUAACAGACGGAGCUAACAGGCCGAGCUAACAGGUUUAGCUAACAGGCGGAGCUAAAAGGUGGAGCUAACAGGUUUAGCUAACAGAUGGAGCUAACAGGCGGAGCUAACAGGUUAAGCUAACAGAUGGGGCUAACAGUUUUAGCUAACAGGUUUAGCUAACAGGUUUAGCUAACAGGUUUAGCUAACAGGUUUAGCUAACAGGUUUAGCUAACAGGCGGAGCUAACAGGUAUAGCUAACAGGUUUAGCUAACAGGUGGAGCUAACAGGUUUAGCUAACAGACGGAGCUAAUGGGUUUAGCUAACAGGCAAAGCAAACAGGUUUAGCUAACAGGUGGAGCUAACAGGCGGAGCUAACAGGUUUAGCUAACAGACGGAGCUAACAGGUGACGCUAACAGGUCUAGCUAAUAGGCGUAGCUAACAAGCGGAGCUAACAGGUUUAGCUAACAGACGGGGCUAACAGGCGGAGCUAACAGGUUUAGCUAACAGACGGGGCUAACAGGCGGAGCUAACAGGUGGAGCUAACAGGUUUAGCUAACAGAUGGGACUAACAGGUUUAGCUAACAGGCGGAGCUAACAGGCCGAGCUAACAGGCGGAGCUAACAGGUUUAGCUAACAGACGGAGCUAACAGGCAGAGCUAACAGGUUUAGCUAACAGACGGAGCUAACAGGUGUAGCUAACAGACGGGGCUAACAGUUUUAGCUAACAGGUGGAGCUAACAGGCCGAGCUAACAGGUUUAGCUAACAGGCGGAGCUAACAGGUUUAGCUAACAGGCGGAGCUAACAGGUGGAGCUAAUAGGUUUAGCUAACAGACGGAGCUAACAGGUUUAGCUAACAGGUGGAGCUAACAGGUUUAGCUAACAGACGGGGCUAACAGGUCUAGCUAACAGGUUUAGCUAACAGGCGGAGCUAACAGGUGGAGCUAACAGGUUUAGCUAACAGACGGAGCUAAUGGGUUUAGCUAACAGGCAAAGCAAACAGGUUUAGCUAACAGGUGGAGCUAACAGGCGGAGCUAACAGGUUUAGCUAACAGACGGAGCUAACAGGUGAAGCUAACAGGUCUAGCUAAUAGGCGGAGCUAACAGGUGGAGCUAACAAGCGGAGCUAACAGGUUUAGCUAACAGGCGAAGCUAACGGGUUUAGCUAACAGGCAGAGCAAACAGGUUUAGCUAACAGGUCUAGCUAACAGGUUUAGCUAACAGGCGGAGCUAACAGGUGGAGCUAACAGGUUUAGCUAACAGACGGAGCUAAUGGGUUUAGCUAACAGGCAAAGCAAACAGGUUUAGCUAACAGGUGGAGCUAACAGGCGGAGCUAACAGGUUUAGCUAACAGACGGAGCUAACAGGUGAAGCUAACAGGUCUAGCUAAUAGGCGGAGCUAACAGGUGGAGCUAACUAAUUUUGACUAUCUGGAAUGGUAAUUUAAGAUAUCUGUAUUUACAUUAUGACUAGGAAGAAUAAUAAUUUAAGACAUCUUCAAUUACAUUUUGACGAGUCAAAAUUCCUUUCAAGAUAUCUCAAAUUACGACGCUGGAUCCGUCAUUUGACGGGAAACAUCCGUAUUGACAAUUCAAGAUAUCUCUAAUUCAUUUAGAGAGGAAUUUUGACUAAUCAAACUUACAAUUCAAGAUAUCUAUAAUUUAGUUUUGUCUAGUCAUUAUUUGCUUUUAAGAUAUCUAUAAUUUAGUUUUCACUAGUCAAAACUACAUUUCUCCUAUCCAAAAAUACAUUUAAGAUAUCUUGAAUUAUGUUGUCAUUCGAUAUCUUUAAUUAGAAUUAUGACUAGUUAAAACUAAAAUCGAGAUAUCUUGAAUUAAAUGAUGACUAGUCAUAAUUUAAUGGUACAUAUCUGAAAUGUGUAUUUCAGAUAGUCAGUAAUUCAUUGUAGAUAUCUUGAAUUGAAGUCUCCUUACAAGUCAAUGGUAAAUCUGACGUCAUUUCGACUAGUCAAAAUGUAAUUAGCGAUAUCUUAAAUCGCUAAAACGUCUAGUCAUAAAACAAUUUGAUAUCUGGAAUGUAAGGGCGGCAAAACCGAAUUUAUGUUAAAACGGCUUGCCAUAGUUUCCUCACCGCCAGCACAUUGGCAAAAACUGUUUUCAUUGGUUGUUUUAGAAAUGUGGUGCAUUUGAGGAAAUCGGAAAAUGGGUGUCAUGUUGCAUUCAAGCACUAUUUGGUCACAAAACGUUUUCUGAAUGAGCAACAAAUGAGAAAAAUGAGAAAAUUAUUGAUCAUAAAUCUGGUUUAAUGUGCAAAUAAAUAAAAAAACAAAACCAAUGUAGAAAUGCUACUUUUAUAAAGUGUGAAGUCCGCUGAUGAGCGGGAAACGACUUUAGAGGGUCUGAGCUCUGGUUUCACACACACACACCCACACACACACACACACACACACACACACACACACAGAGCAGCUGACGGCAGUAGAAAGAGGCCAGCAAAUGUAUUUAUAGCAGAGCUUCUCUGAGUCGGACCGGUUCUGUCCCGGUUCUGUCCCGGUCCUCCAUUGCAGCGUCGCCAUGCCUGGCAGCCAGACCCGGAGCCGGCCCAGGGACCGGAAUAACAUCCUGAACCGUCCCGAGUUCAUGUCCCUGAACCAGCCGGUCCACAGAGAAACCUCCGGGGAGGGGCGGUCCAGGAGAACCGCCACGAGUCGGCCGAGUCAGCAGGACGACGCCACGGCGAGGGGGUCCAGGGACUCCUCCGAUGGGGCCCCAUCAGGAGACGGGGUUCCGAAGGACGGGUCCCGCUGGCCCGAGCAGGACUGCAUGCAGCUGAACCCGUCCUUCCGCGGCAUCGCCAUCAACUCGCUGCUCGCCAUCGACAUCAACCUGUCCAGGCGUCUGGGUGUGUGCAUGGGGGCCCGCGGCCCCGGGGCCCCGCUGCGCCCCAUGGUGGCCCUGCUGGCCUUCUCUGGACACGCGCUGCCCUGGCUCUGCGGGACGCUGCUCUGCCUGUGGCGCAGCGACUCGCUGGCGGGACAGGAAGUCCUGGUCAACCUGCUGCUGGCCCUGCUGCUGGACCUGAUGACCGUCGCGGGCGUCCAGAAGCUGGUGCGGCGCCGCGGCCCGUGGGACGCCCCCCCAGGGUUCCUGGACCGCGUCGCCCUGGACUCGUACUCGUUCCCCGCCGCCCACGCCAGCCGGGCCGUCGUGGUUUCCCGCUUCCUGCUGAACCACCUGGUGCUGGCGGUGCCCCUCCGGAUCCUGCUGUACCUGUGGGCCUUCCUGGUGGGCGUGUCCCGGGUCCUGCUGGGGAAGCAUCACCUGUCGGACGUCGGCUGCGGCUUCGCGCUCGGGUUCCUGCUCUUCAGCCUGGUGGAGUCCGUCUGGCUGGACUCGGCCGCCUGCCAGGCGCUGCUGGCCGUCGGCUCUCUGCACUGGGCGCCACUGGUGUAGAGGGCGCCAGACUGGAACUGGAGCCUGACCGGACCGGAACCAGAAUCAGGAGAUCACCUGGUUAGACAACUGUUUAACCUGCUGCUGGUGCGUUGACAACAACGAUGUAAUGAUGACAAAACCUUCAUCCAGACAUUUUGUGUUUUAAAAUCGUCCGUCUGCAUUCAGCUGUUCUCGGGUCGGCGGCAUUUUUCCUCCUUUACAUUUUUCCAGAAAUGGAAUAAAGUCCAUUCCUCCAUCUAAA